UCUUUGUUGCCGCAGCACUUUUAUUAGCUGCUUGUGUACGUCAUCAGUCAGCGCCGGGUCGUCCCUGUAUUUUUCGUGGUCUCUUUGGAAAAGGUAGGAGUAGUGUGGAGGCUGAGAACAGAGUCAUGGCUGCUGUGAGUUUUGAAGAAUUUUCAGUGCCUCCUGGCUCAGAGCUGGCAUUACCCCCUCUUUUUGGUGGAAAUAUCUUAGAAAGUGAAUUAGAGACUGAAGUGGAAUUUGCUGAUGGCGGGAUACCAGAAGAAGAGGAAGAGGAGGGUCUGUUGCGGCAACAGGAGAUGACUCGACGCAAGUGUCAAGUGCUUGCCCGACGAUGCAAGGAGUUAGAGCAGGUGAAUGAGAGAAUGUUAAACCGGCUCCAUCAGGUCCAGAAAAUAACACUGCGCCUCAAACAGGAAAGGAGGUUUCUCAUGAGAGUUUUGGAUUCCUAUGGUGACAAUUACAGACAAGGCCACCUUGAUAUUGUCUUGGAGGAUGAAGGAAUCCAUAGUGCAGAUGUUCCAACUCCUGGCAAUACAGAGAAUGAGCCCUGUGAGAAAGAAACCCCCAGGUGCCUGCCUGCCCAGGAGCCAGAGAGCCUCUCCCCCAGUGAAGGCCCCAUCAGCAAGAAGCGGCGACGCCACCUGCGAGAGGAGAAGGAAGGAAGGAUGCGGCGAGCAGCCCCAACAUUGCUGCCCAUGGAGGAAUUUCCUGUGCAGAUAAAAUCUGAAGAGGAUUUCCAGUGUGAACAGGAUGAUGUUCUCGCCCCUGCCUGGCAGCAGUCCAGUCCCCAGGACAAGUUACUCCAUUACUCAAAGUUUUCUAGCCCUGGUGCCUGUUCGGAUUUUGACUGAGGCUGACCACUCAUCUAAGGAAAGGAUAUGUACCCACAUGGCAGUUACCUCCCUCCUGGGGUAGACUGGCCAUCAGGAUACCUGAGAGGAUGAGAAGUCGCUGCUGGUGUCUUUUUUUCUUGGAAUAUCAACCCAGAUUUAAGGAACAGCAGGAUAUCGACCCCAUUUGACUCCUCAACUCUGCCCCAGUCAGAGUUGAUCUGAACUAUGAGUGAACUGCUGGGGUGGAGGGAUGCUAGGAAAUGAAUUGUGAUGGACUUUAGCAAGGAACAAAACUUUGGUGUCAGUGUGUAAAAUAAUAUUCAGUGACUAAGCUUGAGUCAUUGACCUGAGUCCAGCCAUGGACUCAACUUCCUAUGUCCAUAAACUUUAAAUGGGGCAGUAAGUAUUUGAGUGGAAACAUUUGUACACUUUCAAAGUUGAGAGAAGGUCCUUGUGAGGUCAGGGUGUUCAGCCUUUCCACACUUGCCCUCCUGGAGUCUGGAUUUCUAAUUCUGGUGGGUGUGGGAAAGGGAGAAGUAGUUCUUGUGCAUUAGAAAGUGCACAGAAACGUGGUUGUUGCCACGUUCUACAGCAGUGUUUUCUGUGGAUGUUCUUGGCUUGCAAACCAAGUGCUGGGGGAAGACUGAGCUCUUCUAAUCUUUCUCCAAGACUUUUAGGAGUGUCUUGAUCAAUGGCAUGAUGAGACCUAGCUUGAUCAAAAGGCCAAUUUGAGUGUGUAUGAAAAGAAAAAAAUUCUGUGCCAUUGACCUGUGUAAUUGUGCAAUUUGUCAGCUUGAGAACUUAGCAUAUCUUUGCCAGGCCAGAAGAGAGCAAGAUACAGUACUAGCACCCUUUCCUGUUGUUUCUUCCUCAAGCAAACAUCCAAAGAUUUUCAAGACUUUCCUGGUGGCCAUAAGGACCAACCCCGCCCCCUCCACCUUCAAAUAUACCCUUGAGUUAGGAAUGAUAAUCUUUACUUUGAACAAACCAGAGCUGCAGUCUACUUGCCUCUUUGGCUUUAGAAGAGUUACAAAAGUAAGACUGAGUAAUUGUCAGGCUUAUGGCUUCUACUUUGUGACAAGAUUUGCAUGAUGCGCUAAGCCAGCUAGACUUGACAAUGUGCACACUCUCAUUAACAGUACAUCUUGUGGUGUGCCUCCUUUAACCAAGACCUAAGGGCUAUGUACACUGUAAGACAGCCAGUUUGGUCUAGUGGUUAAGGCACCAGGCUAGAAACCGGGAGAUGGUGAGUUCUAGUCCCGCCUGAGGCACAAAGCCAGCUGGGUGACCCUGGGCCAGUCACUCUCUCAGCCCUAGGAAAGAGGCAAUGGCAAACCACUUCUGAAAAACAUUGCCAAGAAAACUGCAGGGACCAGUCCAGGCAGUCGCCAGGAGUCAGACCAAUUCAAAGGUGCACACACACACACACACAAGGGGAGGGGCUAUGUAAGGCUAAUGGGGUCAUGAAAACUGGAAUCUUUAGCUUGCAGAAGCCAGAAUUUGGGAUCAGUAGCUAACUUUAUUUUCAAAUUCCAGUUCUUUCUUCCUAAAGCUUUUCUAGCUAUUUAAGAGGGGAAAAUACUGCGGUCAGAGCAAUGUAGUAUGACACUGGCAAUGUUUUAAAGGGAAAAUUCCAGUUCCUGUAGACCAAAACUGGCAAUCUCCCUGGGUUGGUAUGACAUGCUUAGCCUUAGAUAAGCCUUAAAAAUGCAGCAUAGGGGAGGUAAGAUGGAAACAAGCAUACCGCUACGAACCAGUCUGCUUGGCUUAAUAUACUGCACAAAUUGUGCCUGCAUUUUACUAGCAUCCCCUGGCUCUACCAAGGAGGGUGAAUCAAGCAUAUAAGGUACAAUUAGCUGGGCCUGCGCAGCAUAUGAAAUCAUUGACUGACCUAAGUUUGGAAAUAAAUUGUUGCAUUGAUGUAUCAUGCUACAUCAAAGCCAGACAAGCCAUAUUAUGGCUUAGUAUGUAUAAAUCCAGUCAAAUUUCCCCCCAAGACUUUGGUUCAAUGCCCUAAUUUAGAAUUGGGAGGUAGAAGGAAGGAAGGAAAUGCUGUUAGUAAACAACUGGGGACUAAAAAAGUCUUUGCCAGUUUCUUCCAAACAGUUUUCUGACAGUGCAUAAUCUGCCUUUGUACCUCCCUUAAGGCAUUUUUAUAUUUCUUGGUAACUGUGAAACACAGGUUGCCAUCCAUCUUUUUCUUCCCCAACUGAUGUGGCAGGUUGCCACUGCUUUUCUUAAAGCGGCUGUUUGUGACAGUAUGUGCAAUAGUAUAGACCAGCCUUUCUCAACCUUCUGACCCUGGAGAAACCCUUAAAAUAUUUUCCAGGCCUCGGGGCACAUUCAGGCUCAAAUAUAGGCCA